UCGCGUCUCAGCCCAUUCAAAUACGACCUUUCCUUAGUGGUUAUAAUCUGCACAUCGCAAUAGAGCAGUUGAAGCCAUACUCAGAGAUGAUUACAGCAUAUAUGAAGUCAGCGAUCGUGAGAUUUGACCCGCUAACAAAGGCGAAGCCAGCCCGUAUCUUUCUAUCCCUUAUUCCACCGCAUGCUCGAGCAGCAAUCAAAGUCGACACAAAAAUUUUGAACAAGUCCUCGACGGCAACGCCCAUCAUGUCCGUUACGUUCAAGGACGACAAAGUUAUUGAGGCAGAUCCUACCAAGACUCCGAUCGAUGAUUUUGUUGCAGAGUUGGACCGUUACUCUGCAGGUCUCAAGCUCGAAGAGCAAUUGCGAGAAUAGUUUACGUCCUCACAUCUCCAUAUACGACUCAACUUUCUAGGAGCUUGGGCCGAAGUGUCGUUGCCCUUAGAUCUUUGUCCAACUUUACAUCUGUAUUAUAUUCACAAUAAGAAAAGCGAUGACGGUUUAUUUGAAGAGUUUUGUAGAUAUUCUGCGAGUAUCUUCCAGCAAAGAUAUUUAGCGUCAUCAUAGUCAGUUGGAUAUCUAUGCAUGGCUCUUUGACAUACUACAUAGCCAUAUAUCAUUCCUGGUUUAUACGUAGACCCAUUAAAUGACUUGCUGAGAUUUCUAUGAAGGAUUUGCAACUACAGUUAUAAGGACUAUCUAUUCGAAAUAUUCACAACAGUACCAGACCCUCAUUUCUCGCCCGCAAUCACUACGAUCAAGCUUCUGGAU